CCUCUCCCCGUCUUUUUUUCCACUCUCUUCCCAAUAUCGCCUCUCAUAACCACUCUCCCAGCUCAAUACUUCCUCCAAUGGCGAAAUGGUUCAGCAUAGCGGCGGUGCGUGAGUGGUACCUCCGCCGCCGCUUCUCCUUCGCAGGCCUAAAAUCGACAACAACCGACUUCAGCGACGGCACAAUCAUGCACUGCUGGGUCCCACGCCACCGGUCGGACUCCAAACCCAACCUCCUCCUCAUCCACGGCUUCGGCGCCAACGCCAUGUGGCAGUUCACCGACUUCGUCGGCCCGGUCGCCCGCCACUUCAAUCUCUACGUCCCCGAUCUGCUCUUCUUCGGCGGCUCGACGACGACCAGACCGGAGCGGUCGGACUCAUUCCAGGCCCAAUGCAUCGCCGUUUUGAUGGAGGGGCAUGGGGUGAGGAGAAUGCACGUGGCGGGGCUCAGCUACGGCGGGUUUGUCGGGUACUGCCUGGCGGCGCAGUUUAAGGAGAGGGUGGAGAGGGUGGUGCUAUGCUGCGCCGGGGUGUCGGUGGAGGAGAAGGACGUGAAGGAAGGAUUGAUGCAUGUGGAGAGCGUGGAGGAGCUUGUGAGCGUCUUGCUGCCGCAGACGCCAGCGAAGGCGAGGGAUUUGUUGAAGUACUCGUUCUACAAGCCUAUCACGAAAGUUCCUAAUUUUUUGCUCAAGGAUUUUGUUAAGUACCUGUACUCGGAGCAGUUUCAAGAGAGGGAAGAAUUGCUCCAUGCACUAUUCAAGAACAGAAAAUUUGUGGAUCUUCCCAAGAUAACCCAGCCUACUUUGUGUAUUUGGGGAGAAUAUGACCUUAUAUUCCCAAUGGAGCUGGCAGACAGAUUGAAAAGGCACUUGGGUGAUAAUGUGCAGAUAGUAACCAUAAAGAAUGCAGGGCAUGCCUUAAACGCGGAGAAGCCAAAAGAGGUGUACAAGCACAUCAAGUCAUUCCUCCUUGGUCCGCUCCCUCCGACGAUGACCAAAAACCCUAACAACGCGGUCAACGGUGACAAGGUCGAAUGAAAGCGUCUGGCAAAAGAGGCGAAGGGAAAUCGAGUUUUACUCAUUUCACCUCCAAAAACCAAGUGAUUCAAGUUGUGUGAGUCUGCAUCUUUUUUAUUUUUAUAAUUUUUGAGAGGAAUUUCGGGUGUGUUGUUCACAACAAAGGCUGAUUUUGUAACUUUGGUCCGUUACAUGUGAAAUACUAUAAACGAAUAUAGGAAGUUUGUACUAUG